AUGGAGGCGGCGCCUCCAUCUUCUCCCCCCUCCCUGGUGGAGCUACUCUUGCUGCUGCUCAUCAUCUCCUCCCCUUGCAGCGCUCUCCUCUCCCCCAAGGGCGUCAACCCUGAAGUACAAGCUCUGAUGACGAUCAAGAACAUGCUCGAGGACCCCCAUGGCGUGCUCAAGAACUGGGACCAGAACUCCGUGGAUCCCUGCAGCUGGACCACCGUCAGCUGCUCGCUGGAGAAUUUCGUCACCAGACUGGAGGUCCCAGGCCAGAACCUCUCUGGCCUGCUCUCCCCAAGCUUAGGGAACCUGACCAAUCUUGAGACUCUUCUCCUGCAGAACAACAACAUCACCGGCCCAAUCCCGGCAGAGAUUGGCAAGCUUACAAAGCUUAAGACACUUGAUCUCUCUAGCAACCACCUGUAUGGUGGAAUCCCCACUUCUGUGGGCCACCUUGAGAGCCUGCAGUACCUGAGGCUCAACAACAACACCCUGUCUGGUCCAUUCCCUUCAGCAUCAGCUAAUUUGUCCCAGCUUGUUUUCCUAGACUUGUCAUAUAAUAACCUGAGUGGUCCAAUACCGGGAUCUUUGGCAAGAACAUUCAACAUAGUUGGGAAUCCUCUCAUCUGCGGCACCAACACCGAGAAAGAUUGCUAUGGGACUGCCCCAAUGCCACCAGUGUCCUACAACCUCAAUAGCUCACAGGGUGCUCUGCCACCGGCAAAAUCUAAAAGCCACAAGUUUGCAAUUGCAUUUGGUACAGCAAUUGGUUGCAUCAGCUUCCUCUUCCUUGCUGCUGGAUUUCUGUUCCGGUGGAGGCACCGUAGAAACCGGCAGAUCCUUUUCGAUGUCGAUGACCAACACAUGGAGAACGUUAGCCUUGGAAACGUGAAGAGGUUCCAGUUCAGGGAGCUUCAGUCUGCGACAGACAAUUUCAGCAGCAAGAACAUACUAGGAAAAGGUGGCUUUGGAUACGUCUACAGAGGGCAGCUCCCUGAUGGAACUCUUGUGGCUGUGAAGCGACUGAAGGACGGCAAUGCUGCAGGCGGUGAGGCACAGUUUCAGACUGAGGUUGAGAUGAUCAGCUUGGCACUGCACAGAAAUCUUCUCAGGCUCUAUGGGUUCUGCAUGACUGCCACUGAGAGGUUGCUGGUCUAUCCAUACAUGUCAAAUGGAAGCGUUGCAUCACGCCUGAAAGGGAAGCCACCUUUGGACUGGGUGACCAGGAAGAGGAUAUCUCUUGGCGCAGGGAGGGGGCUACUGUACCUGCACGAACAGUGUGACCCCAAGAUCAUACACAGGGAUGUCAAAGCAGCCAACAUCCUGCUAGAUCACUGCUGCGAGGCUAUUGUUGGUGACUUUGGGCUCGCUAAACUCCUCGAUCAUCGGGAUUCACAUGUCACCACUGCGGUGCGAGGCACUGUUGGUCACAUUGCGCCUGAGUACCUCUCCACUGGUCAAUCGUCUGAGAAGACCGACGUCUUCGGAUUUGGCAUCCUGCUACUGGAGCUGAUCACCGGUCAGACUGCACUAGAGUUUGGAAAGGCAGCAAACCAGAAGGGAGCCAUGCUUGAUUGGGUGAAGAAGAUGCACCAGGAGAAGAAGCUGGACGUGCUGGUGGAUAAGGGGCUGAGGGGCGGGUAUGACAGGAUCGAACUAGAGGAGAUGGUGCAGGUGGCGUUGCUGUGCACGCAGUACCUCCCCGGCCACCGGCCAAAGAUGUCAGAGGUGGUCCGGAUGCUGGAAGGUGAUGGGCUUGCAGAAUGGUGGGAGGCUUCGCAGCGCGCGGACUCGCACAAGUUCAAGGUGCCUGAUUUCACUUUCACCGCUGCUACUCCAACCUUACCGACGACUCGUCACUGCUGGUGCAGGCCGUCGAGUUGUCAGGCCCAAGAUGACACCACCACCACCACCAGUUUGCACUUGUACAGCAUAAGCACCGAUAAUCCUGUGUAG